AUGACUCAAAUCUCGUGGAUUUUUGUGUUGCUUUGUGUUCUUGCACCGACUGCAUUGGCUGCUAUCCAAUGUUGGGUGGGUCAGGAGACGAUUUCGAACGGAAGACGUCUGCCAACAGAGAUCGGGGGACCUUAUCAGUCGGUCCAAUGCAACGACGCCGACUAUUGUUUCAACAGCUAUGUGAAACGACACAAGCAAGGCGACGACAGUUAUACGAUUACGAAGAGUUGCGGAGAGACCGGAAAGUGCUUUGAAGACGGCUGCCGCGGUCCGGGCGACGAGAAGAACUGCUGUUGCAGUGACAACUUGUGCAAUUCCAGCAACGGUCUGAUCUAUCCAUCAGCCGGAAUUUUGAUCAUUUUGUCGCUAGUUUUCAGGCCCUAA